CGUAUGGACAUCACUGCAAACACAGCUGAUAAGUGAUUGACAGCCGCGUGCGCCGUGCAGCGCGUGUUCUAUCUGCGAUGUUAUCACCGUAUUUAUAAAGAGAAGCUGUGUCAGCUAAAUGGAAAUGACGUGGUAUACAUCAACGGUGUAACCUACCAAACAACGGUGUAACCUACUUGAAUAGGAAAUAGUAUUUAUGUUUAUAUAUAAAGCAAAUUAUAGACGUACUCGUUUUUAAUUUUUCUUACCGUGAAAUUCAAGAAAUUUUUUCAAAAUAAGUUGAAAAUAUUUAAGAAAAAAUGUCUCACAAACACUUAGUGAUUUUCGAUUUUGACAACACCAUCUCGGAAGGUAACACGGAUACGGUGGUCAUGGAUAUGGUUACGGAUGAGGCUGAGGCUGCAAAACUAUGGAGCACAGAGCAAACAAGAAACUGGACAAAGCUGGUGAACUCGUUUUUAAACCAUCUUUUCGAAAAUGGGGUUACAGUCCAAGAAAUGGCAGCAGAGUUAAGGAAAAUGCAGCUUGUAAGUGGCAUGGUGGAGCUGCUUAAGUUUCUUGGUGAAAAUCCACAAAAGUUUAAAGUUGUAAUUAUGUCCGAUGCAAACAGCUUUUAUAUUGAAACUCUCCUGGAAGAAUAUGGGUUGGAAAAUGUCGUUUCAGAGAUCUUUACGAAUAAAGCUUUACUGGAAGAUAAUGGAAGAGUCUGCGUGAUUCCGUGCCACUCACAUGAUCAUGAGGAGUGUCCCGUGAAUAUGUGCAAAGGAGUUUUGAUUCGUGAGUUCAUAAAAAGACUAAAAAACGAGGGCGAGGUUUUCAGCUCUAUAUGUUACGUCGGGGAUGGUUCGAACGACUUUUGCGCUUCAAUUAAUCUCUCUUCCGAUGACUUUGUCUUCCCAAGAGCAGGGUUUAUGUUGGAUAAAAUGAUCCGGAAGUCGAGGAGGACUCCUAGUAUGAAUCAGGUGGAUGCGGAAGUCAUCGUUUGGCAAAGUGGAACGGAAAUUAUGGAGAAGCUGAAACAGAUGAUCUUUUAAUUUCUUAUCAUUUUGUUUAAAUCGACCAAAAAAUAUUAAAAGUAGUCACUAUUCAGUGAAAUGGUGUUAAAGUUUUGAAACAAAUGAUCUUUUUAAUUUUUGAUCAUUUUAGAGGUUAAAUGAUUGUUGUCAGUAUAAAUGAAAUGUUCUUAAAACUUAACCUUUCGCUCAUUUUGUAAAAAGUUUUAAAUGUUCACAUUGAACAGAAGAGUAUAUUUACAUAUUUUUACAAUAUUCAUAUUGAAUGUUCGAUGCACUUUGUUAUAUAUAUUUAUUUAUAAAACAUAUAAUAUAUGUGUUUGUUCAUUUAUGUUUCUUACGAAAAUAUCAGUUUACCUAAAAAAUUUAUAGAAAAAACUCGAGUGCGUCUGUUUUAGGAAAUUCUGUAGACAUUAUAUUUAAACCUAUAUUUUGAAAUUACAUUGUAUGUUACUAUCUAUAUAAAAAAAGUUUACCUUGUAAGUUAUUGUUUUCUGCACUCUUAUACACUGUAAUAAACUGUUGGUUAUACA